CCUCAGUCUCGAAAAAAACUUUCCAGCGGUGAGGAGGAUGAUGAAGUGCGCGGCGAGAUGGUGGGAGCAGCUGUUGGAGUGAGCAAUGCAAGCGGGGAUCAUAAUCGGCAUGAUGAUUUGUUCCUGGAGUGAAAAUAAACCUGGAAAACCAACUUUUUUUUUGUUUUACAACUGGAAAAAAUGAUCUGAUGCUCACUUUUAGUCUGAGCUCAUUUUUGAGGAUUUUAUCACAAAUUGUUGCGAUCGAUGUUGGGCACGCUGGACGGAUACCUGAACCUCAACUUUUCUCCCAAAACGUAACCUUUUGUUUUGGAACUGGAAAAAUGAUUUGAUUGUCACUUUGAUUUGAUUUGAUUUCUUUUUUUUUUUAAUGUUGAUUCAUCAGUAGCCAUCUUCGUCAUGUUUCUUCUUCAACUCCUUGUGGUUCUGAACGUGGGCUGGAGGGCUGGCUGCUCCGAGCCGUCAUCCAUCACCAUUCACUACCGUGUCUGGGAAGAGCAACCCGCGGGAACCCGGGUGGGCCGUCUGGUGGACGACCUCUGGCAAAUGGACCAGGUGGGUCCUCUGGAAAACUUCCAGGUUGUGGAGCAUGGGUGGGCCCUUCCUUUUGCCAUCAAUGCCGGAGAUGGUGAGGUCUCCACCCAGGGCCGCUUGGACCGGGAGGAGCUGUGUCGCGGUGCAGACGAGUGCGAAGUGGCCUUUAGUGUCCUGUACAGGAAGAGCGGGGCGGUGCACUGCCUGCGGGUUCACGUGGAGGUGAUGGACCUGAACGACAAUAGCCCCAGCUUUGCCAGUCCCGUCCAGGAGUUGGAGAUCUCGGAGACGGCCGGAUUACGGAUGAGGAUUCCGCUGGAAUGCGCGGUGGAUCCAGAUGCAGGAGCCAAUGGAAUUCAGACAUACACGUUGUCCGUCAACCAGCAUUUUGCGCUGGACGUGACUUCUGCGCUGGGUGGCACCAAACAGGCGGAGCUGGUCGUGAUCAAAGAAUUGGAUCGGGAAGUUCAAGGAUCCGUCGAGCUCACCUUGACUGGGUGGGACAAAGGGAACCCGCCGAGGUCUGGGAGUGCUUUAAUUCGUGUUUAUAUUCUAGACUCCAAUGAUAACAGUCCUACCUUUGAAGACAGCGCCCCCACGGUGGAGAUACCCGAGGACACAGAACGUGGGACAACGAUCAUCCAUCUAAGAGCCACGGACCCCGACCAGGGUGCCAACGGGGAGGUGAAAUACUCGCUGAGUAAGCACUCACAUCCUGACGUUCAGAGGCUCUUCUUCGUGGAUCCACAGAGUGGCGCUGUGAGCAUCAGAGCUCCUCUGGACUACGAGGCCCAGACCUCCCACGAAGUGGUGGUACAGGCCCGCGAUCGCGGACCCAACUCCAUUCCCUCACACUGCAAGCUCCAUGUCAAGCUCGUGGAUGUCAACGACAACGCCCCGAGGAUCCACAUGACCUGGACUCAUCCCAGCUCUCCGGCUGCGACGGUGCUUGAAGGGGCGCCGGUAGACACCUUCCUGGCUUUGGUGAGGGUUUCGGAUGCCGACUCUGGAGAAAACGGGAAAGUGACGGCUAUGAUGCAACACGGUUCCGGCCCCUUCCAUAUCAAAAAGAUCCCCGGUGAAAAUUACAUGAUCGUAACUGCGGGUGUCUUGGAUCGAGAGAAAGUGAUGGACUAUAAUAUCACACUGGUGGCGCGGGAUUACGGAGAUCCGCCAUUGACCUGCGUGAAACACCUGCCUGUCCGGGUUUUGGAUGAGAACGACAAUACGCCGGUGUUUUCCUCAGAGGUCUACAAAGCGUCAUUCAAGGAAAACAACGUCGCAGGCUACCAAGCCCUCAAGGUCCAUGCGCAGGACGCAGACUUGGAGCUCAGCGGCAGAGUUUUGUACCACCUUCACAACUCCAGCGACCUAAAGUCACCCACCCAGCCUUUCUCCAUCCACCCAACCAGCGGUGUUGUCAGCGUCGUUCAGCCGCUGGACUAUGAGGAGUACCACUCAUAUUUAUUCCUGGUGGAGGCUGUGGACCAGGGUCACCCGCCUCUUAGGACCACAGCCACGGUGCAAAUUGACAUCCAGGAUGUGAACGACAACUACCCGGUCAUCAAAGAUCCGCGACCCAAACAGGGCGUGGCUCAGCUCAGUGUUCCCAUCAAUGCGGAUCGCGGGAACAUUGUAACAGAGCUGGGUAGUGACGGUGAGGAAGGAUCGACCGCUUUGCCCACCGGGCAGUCAGUCCGACAGGGAUUUGACGGAUUUCUUGCCUCCACCAUAAAGGCUGAAGAUUCCGACUCGGGACUGAACGGACAACUGCAAUACUUCAUCACCGAUGGCAACCCCCUCUUCUGGUUAGAUCAGGCCACGGGUCAAUUGUUUGUCAACACCACCAACGCCACCCAGCUCAUCGGGAAAACAGCGAAGGUGGACAUUUCUGUCUCUGACAUGGGGACCCCCAGCCUAGCCACCAAGGCCACACUGGAGGUGACUUUCAUCAACCUCAAGGAUCACUUGAAGAACUCGUCCACCGGGGACCGGGGGCGGUUCAGUUUCACCAUGAUGCUGGCCAUCUGCUUGGGGGCGACGUGUCUUCUGCUGCUUCUCACCAUCGCCUCGGUCACAACCUUCUGCAGACCCGACAAAAGGGAGUACCGGGCCUACAACUGCAGGCAGGCUGAAUCCACGUACACGUGCCAUCCGCGCCGUCCGCAGAAGAACAUCAGAAAGUCGGACAUUCAGCUCAUUCCCGUAAUGAGGGACCACAAAGAGGAGAUCGCGCUGGAGGACAGUGAAAAGAGGCCACUCACCCCGUCACAUGACCAACCCACGGAAAAGGUUUUAGAGUUGACGCCACUGAUGAUGAACUCGAGCUUCCAUUCCCAAACACACCUCGAGGGCGACGUCCCUCAUGGCAGGACUCUACGAAAACCUGCACACAUCCAACUGGACGCCACUUUGCCUCUGACGCCGGUGACUUCCUAUUGUACACUUCGCAAGGCAAGAAACCCGUCGUCAACGUCGUCUUCAGGAUCCCAUUCGAGCACGCUGAAGCGGAAGACGGCGGAGACGGCGGCUUCGACACCUCAGGCGACUCUCAGAAGGCCCAAGACAUCAGAGGGUCGCGAGUCCAGCGAUGCGGAAAAGCAACAGAUGCUCCAGAAUCUGGUGCGACUGUCCAUGGCGGCCUUCGCCGACUCUAUUGAAUUCUCAUCCGCCUCCCCAGAAGUGCAGCAGAUUUCUCAGCUGCUGUCGCUCCUCCGUCAAGGUCAGCUGCAGCCUCGGACCAACUUCCGCGGAAACAAGUACUCUCACCGAGCUGCCGCAAGGUACGCAGGUCAGGACUGUUCUGACUGGCAGAGCACCAAGGACAGCGGGCACGGAGAGAGCGAGGCGGGCGACAUGGACUGGGAGGCGGGGAGGGACUCACCUGUCGACCCCCAACUUGAGGAGGGAUUGCACGACCUGCUCAACCAAACUGAAGACAUCAGUGACCCGUCGUGGAUGGCGCGUCUGUCUGUGACUCUGUCGGGAGAUUACCACGACAACGUCUUUGUGCCCAACGAGCCUCCAUCCUCCGAUAGCGAGCUGAUGCCGCGUCACGCCUUGGACUCCUCGUCGUCCUUCUCCACUUUCGGAAAAACCCCAGACAAGGACAGCCCACUGGGCGGGGCCUUGCUCUCGGAGGUCAGCACGCUCUUCGAGAUGCUGAUGACGCAGAAAGCCGAUGCCCCCCCGGGCCCUCGAGCCGACGUCCUCUACCGGCUGUCUUCGGCGUAUCGACGCUCGUUGGAAGCGGAUAGCGCCACGCCCGCUACUAGCAGCCCGAUGAGAGGCCUGCCCCCACAGCCUGGACACUUUUGACACUGGAAACCAAAGAAAUCACAGCGAGUGUUAUGUACUAUCAUUCGCUGUGUAAUUUAAACUAUUAAGUCAUUUGUCCUUGCUUGACUGCAACAUUACCAAACAGGAAAGUAAAAAACAAAAAAACCAA